AUGGAAGCUGAGCUUCAUGUUGUCACAGGAAUUGUAAGAAAUAUUCUAAGUCAAGAAAGUUCUUUCAUUCAAACCGUGUCCGUUUGUAUCUUUAAAACGUUGACGAUGUCUGUGACUGAGAACCUUAGUAAACAUCCUUCAAAAUUGGUAUCGGGCGUGGGUUGCCGCCGUCGUUCAUCAUGUUCCAACGUAGUGUCGAUGUUCGGUCGUCUGUCGGAGAACCCACGCGUAAGAGGUGGUUCGCGUGCAGGCGUGUUCCUGUCUGUGUCGUGUGGCUCCAGGGACGCUUUCAAGAUGUUGAAAACAUUGAAAAUUCGAACCAUCAUCGUUAUGGGAGCGUUUAGCGAUAUUUUGAACAGACAAAAACAUUUUUUUCAAUAUUUAUUUUCAAAUAUUGAGAGGGCUCAAGAUGAGCUCGAGCUCGAAGGCCCUACAAGGCCGCUAGUGUCGCUACGAGCAUCAAGUUCGAGAAAGAACAGGAACCUUCUGACAGCGAACUAUCUAGUACGUUCGAGAAGCGUGCAGGAUAUUAAUUUCGAAGUUGAAGAAGAAAUAGAGCAUCAAGUUCGCGGCUGUUGCACAUGUUGCAAUAUAUACGACAGCGAAAACGAUGAUGAAGUAGACGAGGACGAUGAUGAAGUGUCAGGAGUGGCGAGAGAACAAGUGGCUCCUGAGCCAAUAGUUUCAUCACCACCAAGUUCAUGUAAGUGCUGCAAAGUUAUGUGCUGCGGAAACACAUGUUGUGCCUGUAAUUCGUGUCAAACUCCUGUUGUUAAACAACAGCCAGUUGACGAUUUUGCGGGUUGUAAUUGCUGUGGAGUGCCAUGCUACUGUUGCGGACAACCAUGUUCAAAUGAACAACAUCAAACUAAUCCAAUGAUGGUGAAACCCUCUCCUACAGUUAUUCCCAUGGAUGUGAGUGGAUAUUCGCCUACUCAAGCAGAGUCAAAACCAAUUAUGCCGUGUGCAUACCGUUCUAACAUCAAUGUUAAUGGGUUUAUUCCCUAUCCUGGACAACCCUGUCAAGGAGUUCCUAUAGAUAAAAAAUUUGUUUGGUCAGGAGCUCAAGUUCAACCGUACGCAAAUGCCGGACGGCUUGUUUUCAACACCGAGCAAUCUUGGUAAAAAUGUGUGGUGAAAAUUUUAGUAAAAUAUCGUUGGCUAUUUCCAAAUAAAAAAUAUUUUUCACAUAUAUUUUUUAAUAUAUUUUUAGUUGUAGAUUUUUUCAUUAACAAAAUUUUACUUGAAUUACUUUAAAACAGUAGUUUAUUCGUAUAUUGGUUGACUUUUUAAACACUAGUGUAAUUUUAAUUUACUGCAAGCUAACAAAAAGUUUUAUUUAAAAAUAAAACAUUUACAUGUUUGAGCCCUUUUGUUGCAGCUUAUAUUUGUAACUUUUAAUUAAAACUCUACUUUACAUAUUUCAAAAAAUUAUUUCAAAUUAAAAAUUUUUAACUUAAUACUUCUAUGAAUCAAAAUUUUUUAAUGUAUAUACAAGCCUGUCGAAGAUUAAUAAUAAUUGCUAACAUCAACGCCUUCAAAAAAUUUUAUUUUUAGCUGACUUUUUGAAUUGAAAUUUUUUGAUCUCGACUUUUAAUUAAUCUUUUAUUCUUGCAUCACAACAUUUUUCAAAUAUUGCUAAAUAAUAAAAAAUUCAAGCUACUUUAAAUAACAUUUAAAAUCUGCCAACACACUUUUUAAUUGAUUUUAUUCUAUACUUGUAUUCAUAAUACUAAAACACAAUGCUUUUUAAUAGUGUGCAAAUAAAAAAGCAAAUAAAAA